CGUAAAGAAGUACCAGGAAAUUAAUACCAUGACUCCUUUGGCUCUUGAAUUUAAUGGUGACAUUGUUGGUUCCUGGCCCGCCUCUAACUAUUUUAGCAUAAGCUCCAUUUCCAUUAGUUUUCUGGUCCAACGCUUGGAGCUGAGUUAUCCUGAGGUUCUUGCUAACAUUGAAGGUUUUUUCAACGGAAACAACUUGAAGCCACGAGGAAGACUUAACGAUGUACUCCUGGUAGUAGAGACGAUCGCCAGAACUUCGAGAUGUAUGAAAAAAUCCGAUACGAGAGGAGUAAGACCAACAGAAAGAUAUAUGUGCAGUUCU